ACAAGACCUGGCUUAAGCACUCCACAGUGGAUGCACCGUGCAGCUGAGGUGCCUGGUACCACCAUCACUGACCUCCCCUUUGUCCACGAGAGGAGGAGAAUUAGAGAGCAGGCAGCACAGUUGAGGACUGUGGAGUUCUGAGUCUUUGCACGGUGGAAAGGCACAAGAGCAACGCAGCAAGCUCUGCAGUGGCAGUCGCAGGGCAGCAAGCACAGAAGAGCUCAGCAGUGACCUCGUAGUUGUGAGGAAUCUUUGGAGAGCCCAGUGUGCUCAUGUGCAGCAUUGGUGUGAGAGAAGAUGAUCUGAGCUCUGCAACACCACCUCCCACCUGAACACACUGAGCACAGACAUCACCAAGGCUUCACAUCGCUGUUGAGGGCUUCAGUUCUUACCCACUCAAGAUGAAACUGGACACAAGAACCUCCUGAGGUAAGGGGUGAUUUAAGACUCAUAUCCCACAUUGGAUGUCCCCCCAGCAGAAAUCAUGGCAGGCAUUUCCUGGACUGAAGGAGUCUCCAAUGAGACAGAUGCCAAUUCCAGUGCAGAAUUCCAUUUGGAAGCAGACUUCCAGUAUUCCUUGUUUACUGUAAUCUACAGCGUUGUAUUCGUGCUGGGACUGAUAGAGAACAUGCUGGCUCUGUACCUGCUGUCCUGCAGGGUAAAGCACACUUCUCAUUCCUAUGUGUACAUGAUUAAUCUAGUUCUGGUGGACACCUUGUUUGUGUGUAUGUUGCCUUUCAAAAUUCAUUACCACCUGAAUGGGAACAACUGGAUCUUUGGGGACAUAGCCUGUAGGAUAACUGGGACUCUGUACUACAUCAACAUCUGCCUCAGCAUCGCCUUUUUCACCUGCAUCUGUGUGGACCGCUAUGUCGCAGUGUUGCAUCCCUUCACCUACAUCCAGAUCAAGGUCAUCCAUUAUGUUGUGGUGGUCACAGUGCUUUGGGUGGUUGCUCUGAGCAUCAUGGUCCCCCUCAUCCUUGGAGGUCCCCUCCACAACAGGGGUGUGGGGAACACAGUAGCAUGUUUUGAGAACUUUGCCACCAGUAGCUGGACUUCCCGCAUGACAGCUUACAACAUCCUGGCCUUGGUGUUUGGGUUUGUGAUCCCAUUUGCCAUCAUUCUGAUCAGCUACCCUCUCAUUGCCAAGAGGAUCUCCCGCAUCAAAAGCAGCAUUCACAAGAGGAAUGCCCUGAGCACCAUCUACAUCAUCCUGGUCAUUUGUACUUUGUGCUUUCUCCCCUAUCACCUCACUCACUUGCUCCACUUCCUGAUGAGAAUCCAGGUCAUCCAGAACAAGGCAUUUGCCAGCUUGAUCUACAAGAUGCGGAAGGUCACCCUGGCCCUGGUGAGCUUCAACUGCUGCCUUAACCCACUCCUGUACUACUUCAGCUCCUCCAGCAAGCAGUGGCACUUCAGCUUCAAGCUCAGAUCCAGGUCUCAAGUGGUGUUCACCAUCUGUGACCAGAAACUUGGGGAGUCCUCCUAUGUUUAUAAACUGCAUCAGAGACACGGAGAUGGACAAUAGAGAGGGAAUCAACUGAGCUACUCAAAUCACAGCAACACACAGUUUCUGGGAACUGCUGCGUCUUUCCCACCCUGUGAGACUGAGAAUUUAUCAUCUGGGGGUUUCAGAGGCACCAGGAACACAGUGGCCAGGCUGAUAAACUGCUUAAAAGCCAACAAGAUACUGAAGAUGAUGUGAUUUGGUAACAGAUAUAGACUGUGUGUUCUGUUCCUUCCCACGCUGCUCCCAGACUCGAUGAAGUGUGUGUAUGUGCUGACUGCUGAGCAGAGGAGGGCAAAGGGAAGGUGCCCUGGGGCUUGUUGACCAGGGCAGGAGGAGGGCCUGGCUCUGGCAAUGGGCUGAAUCCAUGUUUCCAUUUCUAAAUGGGCAAAUUGCAGGUUGAAGGUGACACUUGGACCUGUCAAUGCCACAACAGACACUGGGGUUUGUGGGUUAUGCUGUGUUACUGGAAUAGGAACUGCUGUGGACCUUAAAGAAGGGAGAGAGUAGCCUCAUGGGGCAGAAUGGUGUGGGGAGACCAGUGAUUGUAUAUGUCUAUAUGAUGUUGUAACUUCUCUUUCCACAAUAGAUGUUCAGCCCAUUCUCUGAUGGCAGCUGCUACUCUGCUUAAGGACAGAGGUAAAGAGGGGUGGAAAAUAAGUAGCAUUGGUGUAUAUGUUGUGGUCUUGGCUGAUGGAAAACCACCCAUGCAUGAUGUAGUAAGCCAAAGGUCUUGCUGAAGCUGAUCACUGAACCACUUCAGCAACAGAAGAUGGAUACAGCAAGCAAACCAAGAGCAGAUCUGAAAUCACUGUAAUAGAGCUAAAGCUUUGUAACAAAUGGCUUUUGUGGAUGCAUUUGUUGGGAUGGGUCUGACCAACAUUAGUUAUUGCUACCUGCACUUUGAAUCCCAUAGAGUGGAUCUGUGUUUAAUGAUGGGUCAGUGUCUGACCUCCCCCUUCCUGCCUUCUGCUUUUUGUUUGAAGGAUUUAUUAAGUAUCAGUAGAAAACCUGCUCAAACUCUUCUAAAAAGCUGAAGAUGAGGAUUCCUGAGUUCCUGUGCUUGAUGGGGUUGGCAAGACAAGUGCAAAUCCUGGCACUUGGAAACAGAGCUGCAGAAAGCCUCCAUGGGAGUAUUAGAACAAACUAAUCCUUUACCUUUCAUGAGAGACUGCUAUUUCUGUCCCAUUUAUAGGCUAUGGAGAAGCCUCCCAGCACUGGAGGGACUGUUCCUUCCAGCUAAGCACAAUCUUUAUGUUCUGCACAAAGGCAGAAACUAAUUCUGAGCCUCUAUCCAGCAGUGCAGCUUUCCUGGAGGCUGGCAGCUGCCAUGGAGAGAAGUAUGGGUAAGGAAAUGUUACACUGCUGGGUAAAGAGCAUGUCUAGGGGUUUAUUCUCGUCUCCAUUAUAGUCUGCGUGUUAGUUGUGAUGCUUUGAAAGCUCCUUGUUUCACUGGGCACUGCUGAGGGUUGAAGGGAAAAUAGCUGUGGGAGGGGAGAAUGUUGAGCAUCCCUUACAGCAAGAGGUGUCCUCAUGACUCUAAAGCUGCAGUGACCCCUGGCCAGGUCUCCAGCAUGGUGCUGCUGAAGGGUGCAGGCAGGCACUGCAGUCACUGCACCAACACUUGUAAUUCUUUUACUAAAACAAAGCCAUUAAAAAGCAUUGACAGUGUAACCAAAAUAAACCUGACUGUCUCUGAAGCACCUCUGAGAGUGGUGUCCUCGGGGGAGCUCACGCUGUGCUCUGGGGGAGUCCUUUCUUCAGAAGGGAGGUGAGGUAACUGCCCAGCUCUUCAUCCUAGAGAGAGCAGAACAGAGAGGGACAGGAUGAAAGCAAUCAUCUGCUUGACUUGGCCGAGUGGGCAAUAAAUUCAACUCUGGUGCCUAGAAAGAGACUGAAGUAAUUUUAAUGUUAGCAGUGUUCAAAAAUGGAAGCAGUCCAGAUGUAGUUCUGGGUGUUCUGUCAUAAUAUCAAUGCAAAACUCCAUUUGGCAAAGCAGGUGUCUGGACUUGAGGUACCUCUUUUGAGGAAAAUGGCCUUUUGUCUUGAAAAAGAAUAUAGAACCAUUCAUUUUUCCUUUUUUGCCCUCUUUGCUGUAAAAGCAUCUAAAAAUGUAGCCUGAGAAGUACACUUUUGAAAGGAGGGAAGAUCAAACUAUGUCUGAUGUUACCACUAGUUUGUGUUAUCCUGCUUUCUGCUGCUUGUUUGGAGUUUCACACCCAACAAAUACAAUGUCAAAUACCUCCAAAUUCCUUAUGGCAGUAGUGGUGUAGCUCAGAUUAGAAGCUGGGUACUGUAAUGGCCUCAAAACACAGAUAUAACUGUAAUUAACUUGUAGUUAAAUUGGUAAGUACAUCUUGAAGAACUCCAACCUGGUAGGUCCAGGACACGAGCAGAACUUUGGUUCCUUGAUCCUCUGAGUGUGCUGUGGCUUGGAUAAGAAUGGACUCCACUGUUAUAGACCCAUCAGGGAGAUGCUGCACUGAGUAAUCU